CCGUCUCUGGGGCUCAUCACAGUCAGCCAUGGGUCGUCCUGGGGUUCAGAUGUUAACAUGGACACUGUUUGUCUACCUGAGUUGGAUGUGUGUGGAUCAAGCAGUGGCAGGGCCGCAGUUCAUGGUCACCAUUCCUGCAGUCAUUGAAGCCGGAGCUGAAACGCCGUUCUGUGCGAGCCUCUUGAAGCCCAACGAGACUCUGGUCAUGACCGUCACUCUGAGGUCCCUGCAGCAGAAUGUGACUCUCAUGGAGGAAACAUCCAGUCAGGAGUUUCACACCUGCAUUAAGUUCAUGGCUCCUUUAGUACAAAAUGAAGUCCGGAUGUUGGAGGUGGAGGUCCGAGGGGCAACGUUUUACUCAAAAGAAGUCCGAAAAGUUAUGAUCAAAGCCUACCAGCCAAGCACAUUCGUCCAAACAGAUAAACCGAUCUACCUCCCAGGACAAACAGUGAAUUUCAGAGUCGUUUCACUGGACAGCAAAUUGAGACCUGUCAAUCGCUUGUACACUGUCAUUGAAAUUGAGGAUUCAGCCAGCAACAGGGUUGGACAGUGGUUACAAAAAGAAUCCAAUGGGACAAUAUUGCAGCUUUCUUACUCCUUGAACUCUGAGGCCCGCGAAGGAACCUACAAUGUCAUUGUGUCGAUUGGUGAUGAGAAGAUUUUGCAUAACUUUAAGGUGGAGAAAUACGUUUUGCCGAGAUUUGAGGUAAAAGUAGAAGCACCAGGUGAAGUUAGUAUCGGGCAAGAAGACAUCAAAGUUGAAGUUUGUGCAAAGUAUACAUACGGGCAGCCUGUACCAGGAAAUGUUAAAAUUGAGAUGCACCGACCUCUCAGUCGCUAUUAUACAAGGAACUAUCAAGCUACCCCUGAUAAUCCAGAUGGCCUCCCUGAGAUAACUGCCCCAUCUUACAUGGAGAUAAAACAGGCAGAUAAGGCCGGCUGCGCAACUUUUCUCAUCAAGAUGUCAACUUUCACAAAACUUGACCAAAAAGUUCUGCAAGAUUCACUGCAUCUCAAGGCCAGCGUGGAGGAGGAAGGAACAGGUAUUGCACAUGAUAGUCAGAAGAGACUUGAUAUAUCCUACGUUAUCGGAAAGGUUUUCUUCAUGGACACACCCAAGAUUUACGACAAAGGAUCAGAUGUGGAGGGAAAAGUCAAAGCUGUUACUUACGACAACACGCCCAUUCCUGACAUGAAGGUGCACCUGUUUGAGGGAGAGAGGUGGUCAUCCCGUCUGCUGCAGAAUCUCACAACUGACAGUGAGGGUGUCGCAGCUUUCACAAUAAGCACAGCUGAGUUUAAACAAGACAUCCAGCUUGUCGUAAGCAGCAAACCCUCAGUGAGGUACGACGGGCAUCGAUCUCCUUACUACCAAACCGGAGAGCACACACUGACCUCGGUCAAACCUUUUGCUCCAGAAACUAAAACAAUCAGCUCCCUGGAGGUGCAGAAGAAGGAUCAACCACUUGCCUGUGACACAGAAGAAGAAAUCUUCAUCCGUUUCGUUGUAGUCGGGGAAGCACAGGGCUCUGCAGAUGUGAUGUAUCUGGUCUUAUCCCGAGGAGUCAUUGUAUGGCAAGGAUUCAAACAGGUUGAAGUCCAAGAUAGAUCAGUGACUGAGGGCGAGAUGUCCUUUAAGUUCAGAGUGUCCCCUGAGAUGUCCCCAGACGUCCAGGUUGUGGCUUACUCUGUCCUCCCCAGUGAGACGGUGAUCGCGCACAGUUCUGACUUCUCCACUGAGAAAUGCUUCAGUCACAAGGUGUCGCUGGAGUUUUCUCCAUCCUCAGCUGUCCCAGGAGAAGAAAACACCCUAAAGUUGACAGCCCAGCCGGACUCUCUGUGUGGUGUGAGCGCUAUCGACCAGAGCGUCCUCAUCAAGGAGCCCGGGAAAACUCUGGACGCAGAAAAGAUAUUUAAUUUGUUGCCAGUCAGAAAAUCUACCCAUAUUCCAUACUCAGCUGAAGAUGCUUUAGAGUGCCUGACAGUGAGAUCAAAAAGAUCCUUUCUGCCGUACCGCCCACGGCGUGCUGAAGAUGAUGCUUACAACGUUUUCCAGAAUGUUGGGCUGAAGAUGGUAACCAAUUUGUUUAUUCGGACACCAUCAUGCCUCACCUAUAGAGGAGAAGAAUACCACCGGGGCCACCGGGGCUAUGGUGACUUUUUAUCUUUAAUUUAUCAUACUUGCUCGUUGAAUUUGUCAUCGUUUGGUAUUAUUAUGGCCUUGUCUAGUUCAUCUGAUUUUCCAAGCAAUAAGGAGUCUUCAGUUAUAGAGACAGUCCGCAGUUUUUUCCCUGAGACUUGGAUCUGGGACCUUGUGGAAGUUGGAGAGUCUGGGACAAAGGAUGUGCCCCUCACUGUUCCUGACACCAUCACCACCUGGGAGACGGAGGCUUAUUGUUUGUCCCCUCAGGGUUUCGGUUUAGCUCCUCGUAAAGAGCUCACUGUCUUCCAGCCUUUCUUCCUGGAGCUCAGCCUGCCUUACUCCAUCAUCCGAGGCGAGAACUUUGAGCUGAAGGCGACCGUCUUCAACUACCUGCCCAGCUGCAUCAUGGUCACUGUGACUCCAGCCCCCUCCUUGGAUUACACCCUCACCCCCCUCUCUGGUGACCAGUACACAUCCUGUUUGUGUGGCAAUGAGCGCAAGACCCUCAGCUGGAUCAUGGAUCCCACAGCUUUAGGGGUUGUGAACGUGUCUGUGACCGCCGAGGCUGUGGCGUCUCACACUUCAUGUGACAAUGAGAUAGUGAGCGUGCCAGAGAGAGGUCGCGUCGACGUGGUCACAAAAUCCCUCAUUGUAAAGGCUGAAGGAACCGAGGUGAUCAAGACCCACAACUGGCUGCUCUGUCCCAAAGAUGAGACUUUGACAGAGGAAGUAGAGAUAUCGCUCCCUGAGAAUGUGAUUGAUGGAUCUGCCCGUGCUCUUGUUUCAGUCCUGGGUGACAUCCUGGGCCGAGCUCUGAAGAACCUGGACGGUCUGCUGCAGAUGCCGUAUGGAUGCGGCGAGCAGAACAUGGCGCUUCUGGCCCCGAACAUCUACAUCCUCCAAUACCUGAAGAACACGCAGCAGCUGACCCCGGCCAUCAUGGAGAAGGCGGGCAACUUCCUGACCAGUGGCUACCAGAGACAGCUGAACUACAAGCAUGAGGGAGGAGCUUACAGCACAUUUGGAAGCGGAUCAGGGAACACUUGGCUGACGGCUUUCGUGCUGAGAUCCUUCGCCAAAGCACAGUCUUUCGUCUUCAUUGACCCAAAAAAGAUUGCAGAGUCAAAGUCUUGGCUGGUGAGCAAACAACAGGAACAUGGCUGUUUCCAAAAGUCGGGGAAACUCUUCAACAACAGAAUGAAGGGCGGCGUCUCUGAUGAAGUGACUCUCAGUGCGUACAUCACUGCUGCCUUCUUGGAGAUGAACUCAUCCAGUAAUGAUCCUGUGGUGAAAAGCAGCCUGUCCUGCCUCAGGGAGUCCAUCAGUGACCUCAGCAACACCUACGCCACCGCUCUGCUGGCGUACGUCUUCACCCUGGCAGGUGACAUGGAGACCCGUGCUCACCUUCUGAGACACCUUGACACAGUUGCAAUUCAAAAAGGAGGUUACCUCCACUGGUCUCAGACAGCUGCAGACACCUCGUCCUCUCUGUCUGUGGAGAUCAGCUCUUAUGUGCUGCUGGCCAAACUCGGUGUCUCUUCUCCCACUGCUGAAGACCUGGGAUACUCCACCCGCAUCGUCAGAUGGCUGACCACGAAGCAGAACUAUUAUGGAGGCUUCUCCUCCACACAGGACACAGUGGUGGCUCUGCAGGCUUUGGCUCUCUACUCCACCCUGGUGUUCAGUCCAAGAGGUUCCAGCAUGGUUGCUGUCCAGUCUCCCAGCAUGCAGCUGUUCUUUGACGUGAACCAGGACAACAAGCUGCUCUACCAGGAGCAGGUGCUGAAGGGCGUGGCUGGAAAGUACAGCCUGCAGGUGAAGGGAUCGGCGUGUGCUUCAGCACAGAUUUCUCUUCACUACAACAUCCCAACUCCUACUGAUGUCAGCACGUUGAUGGUGGACGUUCAACCAGAAGCUGACUGCGCCUCUAACAGACGCAGGCUUUCCCUGAAAUUCAAGAGCUUAUACAGUGGAGAGGAGAACACUACAAACAUGGUGAUCCUGGAUAUCAAAAUGCUCUCUGGAUUUGUCCCAGACCCAGAGUCUUUGAAGAAGCUCAAACGUGCCCUGCUGGUGGAUCGUGUGGAAGAAAAGAAAGAUCACGUUAUGGUUUACUUUAAGGAGUUGCAGAAAGACAUCCCCAUCAAUCAUGAAUUAGGGCUCAUACAGGAGCUCCCAGUGCAGAACCUGAAGCCAGCUGUGGUCAAGAUCUACGACUACUACCAGCCAAGUGACCAGGUUGAGACUCAGUACAUCUACCCUUGCAUUGCAGCCUGAACACUGGUGUUGUCUCAAUGCUCCCAGUAAGAUUCUAAAUAAACCUCCAUUUUAUUCCAACUCA